UUGGCGGAAAAUUCAAAACAUGGCGGACUUGGAACGAACCUUAGAAGUUUUUGCAAAAUUAACCUUACAGAACUUUACAAAUGAUUGGGUAAAAUCUAUAUGGGAUAAUGACUUCACAGAAAUAGAUCCUUUAGACCUUGCUGUAGAGGGUGAAUUAGAAGAUAAUGGAUAUCAUACAGUUACGUUUAGGAUACUUCAGACUGUUUUUGAAGACUGGAAGUCAAAUAAAGAAGGAAAAGACGGAGAAGGAUUCUGGAGCGUUCUGGUUGAAAAUGAUAUUUCACACAAAAGUUUGAUAGCAUUGUUUGCAUAUUUGAUGGAAAUAGGGAAUAAGAAAACAUCAGGUUCCACAAAAAAAGAAGCAGGAAUUUUAUCUGCAUCAUGUUACAUCAAGAUGCUGAGUAUACCAGGAAGUAUAGCUUUCAAGGUGUUUCAUCCAGUUUUAUAUGAAAAGGCUGUAGAUAUAAUCAAAACCAUCAAUACUUUAGGAGCUGGUAGUAAAAGAAAGAGAAGUGUAUCACCAGCACCAAGCCAGAAAGGUAAAAGAGGCAGAGGAAAUAAAACCAGAAACCAGGAUCCUACUCUUAACCUUCAGGAUUUUGGAAGUGAUGAUGAUGAGAGUAUAGAGGAACUGGCUCCACAAGAAAUCUCAGGAUUCAGAAAAUUGUUAGAAGCUUUGUUAAAGGAUUUGAUAAGUUUGUUAGAGACCACCUCCCUACGCCAGUCUGAAUCAUCAGCCUAUCACACUGUCCAGAUCCUAGCCACACUCACCAGACAGGACACAGAUACAUAUGAUGGAAAGUUUGAUCAAGGGACAAUUCAGAGGUUGUCACUGCCAGGACUUGCUUAUAGGGGAUUAAGUCUUCUGUGUAAACCACUACAUGGACAUGUUGGGUCAUUGGUAAAUGCUACCUGUAAAUAUCUGUUGCCUAAUCUUCUUAUGUUGAUUGGUGAUAAUAAAGUUGCUGCCGCAUCUGUACCUAAACACAUUCAGGUGACAAAAGACCAUGCUAUGUACUUUAUAAGUUCCUUAUUGAAGACUGAAGAAAGAUCAGUUAACACGGUGAAGACUCUCCUCCAACAUAUGUGUACAAAGGUUCCUGAUAAAGCUGAAUACAGAGGGAAGGUAGCACAGUCUGUCGUCACAAUAUUACAGGAACUACCAAACACAGCUUAUGGUCAUAUGGUGGAAUGGUUUUAUAAACUCUCUAAACAUUCUAAGAUAAACAACCGAGCCUUUGCUAUGGAGGUUGUCCUGAGUUUAUUAUCCACACCAGAGAGACAACCUGAUGAGCACAGGACACCAGAGACAGCUGUUUUUAUCAAGCACACCUCAUUACUUGGAAUAUUGUUAGCUAGAUGUUCUGAUGCUGCUCCUACUGUAAGAACCAGAGCCAUAUCAUCAUUUUCAACAUGUUUCUUGUCAAAAGACAGAGUUAUAAAAGAAACCUUACAAGAUAUUGUGACACCUAGAAGUAGACUAAGGGAACAUGCCCCUCCACACCUUAUACCAACACCUGCCAUGGACGUCAGGACACAAUCUGCUACUGAUGACAAUAACACAACAAACAAUGCAGAGAAGACAGCAGAGAACAUCCAAGGUCCAGCUGUAGAAGAUCAGACACCAAUGAAUGCCAACCAACCACCUGGUCCUGGGAAAACACCUUUCCAUGGAGUUUAUCUCACACCAUUUAAUCCAAACAUGCCUGAUGAUGAUGGUGUCACCUCCAUGUUUAGACGCAGAGCAAAAGAUCCUAAAGUUAAUGUCAGAAAGGCUGCAUUACAUGCAUUAGAGAAUAUCAUAAGAUUUCAAUGCCCUGAUUACAGUAGACAAGAUUUAGAUGUUUUAGUAGAAAGAUGUCGAGAUCCAGCUCUGUCUGUAAGGAAACAGUCUAUGCAGUCAUUGACAGAUUUAUUACUGGACUUUCCUACAGAAAAACCAUUACAGAAAUCCUGGUUAGAAGGAGUGAUGCCCCUAGUUAUAGACAGAGAGACAACCCUACAAGAGAAAUGUAUGGACCAGUUAGAAGAGAUCAUAUUACACAAUAUUGUACCUCUGAAAAGGAUGACUAAUGAAUCACACAGACUUGCCUGGGAUGUCCUCAAUAUAAUGACUCGUUCUGAGUCAGUAGAUCUAAGGAAAUAUUUACAGAAAGCAUGUCGACAUUGGUCUAGACAGGGAAAGAUUAAAGCCACUCUGAUUUCCAAUUUACAGACUCAUGUGAACACAGAUAACAACGAAGUAGCUUGGAUGUUACUGGCUGAGUUAGCACCAGCUGUUCCUAAGAUGUGUCAUGGUUUUGUGAUAGAGUACUGGGAGCAACAAGCUCAUACAUCUGAUGAGACAGACUAUAGCACUCUACAGAGAGUUCUCUCAGUGAUGGCAUGUUCUGCUAAAUUUUUCCCUGAAGAUAAAAGAGAUAGACUUAUUGAUUACUUAAGGAACAGAUUAUUACAGUUUAAUUCUCCCCCAGAACUGAUAUCCAUCACCAUAGAAACACUCUCUAAGUUGUGUGAAAGUAAAGCUGAAGCAACAAACAAAAGAUCUGAGAAAGAUGCCUGGUGUGUCGACUUACUGAAGGCUUGUGAUACCUACCUGUCCCAUGUUAUAUUAGAAGAAUAUGUUGAUCCAAUAAAUGAGGAUAUGGUAGUACGACACUUGUUUACAUUGGGAGAGAUAGCACAGAUAUGUCCCGCAAAAACACCAAAGAGAAUCUUCCUUAUUGUACAGAGUAUGAUUGCUGCUCCCUGUAUCUCAGCUCCAGCUUCACAUGGAUCAGUUAACAUAUCCAGUGGUUCCACAGAAAGUUCAGAGAAUUCAGAGAAGACUACAAGAGCUUCCAGUAGAGCCUCGACAAGAACUUCUACAGGCUCUGUGGGCUCUACUGAGGAUCAUACAGAUUUAACACAGAAAACACAGUUACGAUUCUCCCAGCAGACUCAGGGUUUCUCACAGAUACAACUUACUCAAGCAUUCUCACAGUUCCAAGGAUCAAAGAUGUCUAAUAGGAUCAGAGCUUUUGCUUUCAUUGCUCUCGGUAAACUGUGUCUUCAGAAUCCAGACUUGGCAAAGAAAUGUGUUGCUGCUUUAGCAAGAGAACUAGAAACUUGCAAGGACCCUACAAUACGUAAUAAUGUAGUCAUUAUAAUGUGUGAUCUAUGUGUCAGGUACACCACCACAGCUGAUAGAUAUGUAUCUAAUAUUGCUGCUUGUCUAAAAGAUGAAUCUCCAUUGGUUAGGAAACAGACACUAACACUGUUUACAAGGUUACUUCAGGAAGAUUUCUUGAAAUGGAAAGGAGUAUUGUUCUUCAGAUUCAUAAUGACAUUACUGGAUUCUAAUAAAGAGAUAGCAGAUUUUGCUGAGUUCUGUCUGGUUCAUUUAUUGAUGCAGAGGCACCCCACCAUGUUCUUCCAACAUUUUUUAGAAUGUAUAUUUCAUUUUAAUGCCUAUGAAGAUCAUGCAACUUUCAACAAGUUUCCACAAAAUGAGAAAGAGAAGAGAAUGUUUUGUUUGAAUGGGGAUCAUAAUGCCAGUAAAAGAUUAAAGCUAUAUUUGUUUAUGUUGGAGUAUAUGACUGAUGAACACAGAUUUCAGAUGACUGCCAAAAUGGCACAAGAGAUACUUGGAGGUGUUGUUGAUGGAAUUAUACCACUGAAUGAUAAAAGCAGUGUGUUACUGAAGGAUACAUUAGCUAUACUUAGUAGUAAGGAAAUUAAACUAUCUUCAUUACGUGCCAAACCACAGGAUGAGAUGGCUGGUGACGAUGAAGAAAGAGCUGCUGUGGUCAUGGCUGUUGCCAAAAAGACAUUAAUCACACAGGUUGUGAAAAAAAAUGUGAUAGAAAACAUUGUGCCAAUUGUUGUCUCCCUUAAACACAUGUUAGAACAACAAAGAUCUCCAGUAUUGAAAGACCUGAUGAUGUAUCUUAGAGAACUGCUGAAAGAUUAUAAAAAUGAAGUACAAGAGAUUUUAUCAGCAGAUAAACAGUUAGCCACUGAGAUUGAGUUUGACUUAAGAAAGUUUGAAGAACAAGAGGAAGAGACAGAAAGACAGAGGAAUGCAACAAUAGUUCAGGCUACAUCCCAUCCAGGAAGUCCACAGGUUUCAUCUAAACCAACCACCCCAUCUGGAUCUAAACCAGGAACUCCUUCAUCAUCUAAACUUUGUUCCCCAAGAUUACCAAUCCAUGGAGGUUCUCCUAGAUUGGAGAACCAUAAAGGUUCACCUAGACCUGGGUCAUCAACAAGGAAAGUACAAAAAGGUGGUUCUAAACAAGUAUCAGACCAUGAUGGAUCUGUCAUGGGUCCACCUGCAGUCCAAGUUACAGGUGCUACUCCUAUGAAGACACCUGCUAGGGAAGCCUCGCUUUCUACAUUAGCAAUCCUUAAUUCUGCUAGGAAGGCAUUCGAGAGAGCUCAGAAUAUUCAUGACAGUCUAUCAAAGAGUUCCACAGAAGAACCAGCAUCAGCUGAGGCACUGACCUUCGAAUCACCAGCUCUGAAGAAAAGUUCCAAACGCAAAUCUAUUUUGAAAGAAAAGAAAAAGAGUCAUGAUGAUGAAGAAGAAGAUGAGAGUCCACAUCUUGGAGUCAGGUUUGCAGAAGGGGUAAAGGACAAAGCCACCCCUCCCAGGGCCCUCAGAGGUAACAGGGCGAUAAGCACACCCUCAGCCUUUUAUCAUGAUGACGGCGUAUUGAACAACAUAACUUUCCAUGCUGAUCAAAAUGUAACACUCAUACCACCAUCACCAAUCCCAACCUGUAUGCCUAUCAGAGUAUUCGGUGAUGCUUCAGAUGAAAAUGCCACUCCUGGAACACCUCAAAAAGUAGCACAGGGUAGUAAAGAUACAGUUUACAUGUUCUCUCCAGAUAAACCGUUACCACGACCCAGGAAAUGGAAUAUCAAAUCACCUGCUCCAAGUAGAGGUGUUGUCAAAAAAGAGUCAUCUGAAAAUGAAGAUCCCAGUGAUGAAAAUGAGGCUGCAGAAAACACAGAAAAAACAAAUAAACAACAGACAAAACCAAGAAGUAAAACAAGACGAAGUGCUCGCUUGAGUAAAUCAUGAAUAUAUUGAGUUUUAAUAGUUAAAUCUGCAUACUGUAUAGAUACAAAAAAACAUGCUUUUAUCAUGUAUUAUAUAUUCUGCUAAAAAAAGAUUAAUUGCAUGCUUAAUGUGAUAAAAUGAAAUGAAAACUAUUUUUUUUUGUGAAAAUACCUAUAAUUGUUUACUUUUUACACAUAGUAACUUGGAUGGAAAGUUUUCUCAAUUGCACCCAUACCACAUCUUCUUAUUUUUAAGUAUAUACAGUGCUAUAUAUUUAAAGAUUUGUUUCUUAAGUUUGAAACUAAAAUAAGACUACCUUUGUUGUAAAUACACAGAAUUGAAAUAACAGAAUGCUAAUAAAUUUUCUGAUAUAAAAUAAAUAUCACAAAAUGCAUGUAUUUUUAACAUUUUUUUCUGAACAAAAAGUAGACUAUAAAUAAAGUCCAUCACAUCACUUCUUAAAGUAUCACUGUUGGAUCAAACUUCUGAUUACAUACUUCUGGUUAACUUUGCUAAAACUUCAAAUGCAGUAUUUAUUCCAAUUAAUGAAGAAGAAAAAAAUACAUGCCAGCUUAAAAAAACAAAUGUAACCAUAUUUGUAGUGGUGAAGGUUUUCACAUCAUCAUCCUUUUAGUCUUUAGAAGAUAAUUGUCUCAUUUGUAUUUAUACCAUAUCUCUUUGCUAUAUAUUGAUUACAUGUUUCACACUAAUACUACUAAGGUACCUAGUUUUCAUUGCUAAAAAGUGAACCGUUACUGUAAAUUUAGAAAUUAUUGCGAUGUUUUUGUUAUUGCGAAAAAUGCGACAAGGUUAUUAUCGCAAUAAAUUAAACCUGCAUUUUAAAAUGGUUUACAUGAAUUAAACAGGACUUUUCUCAAAAUUGCAAAAAUAAAAAUCGCAUUUUUGUGUAAAUGACAAAAUUACAAUAAUAAAUGCAUGCAAUAAUUUCUGAAUUUACAUCAUUUGAAGGUUUUUUGCUUGUUAAUUAUUUAUCUUUUAGUUGGAGAUAAUGAGAAAUUUCCAAGGUAUUUUUAAUUCUCAAUAUAUAUACUCAAAUAAUAUAAUUUUGUGUAUAAACAUUGUUUUUAUUCAUCUGUAAUACCCUGUAAAUUUACGUAGAAAAUAUGUAUGAUCAUGUAAAAAUUGUGAAAAAUACAAAAAAAAGCCAA